UCAAGAUCAGCCGGAGGAACGUAAACGAAGUGGCAGGAGUGAGCAGUGGGUACCGUCUGUGAGCUGAUGCCGCUGGUGUUUCUCGUCUUUGGCUGCAGCGCCAGUAAGACGAUGACGAGACUGCCGGGAGGACUAUUGGCCGGUGGGCUCGUGCUCAUACUCUUUGCUGCGGACUUGUCCCACAGGGUGGCCUGUUUUUUGCAGAGCGACUCGACGGAGAUCACCGACAGACUGGCGAACGUGACGCAAACGAUCUCGAGGAUCCUCGACGGCUACGACAUACGACUCAGGCCGAAUUUCGGUGGUGAGCCCUUGUACGUCGAAAUGGAUCUCACGAUAGCGAGUUUCGACGCUAUAUCAGAAGUCAACAUGGAUUAUACGAUAACGAUGUACCUCAAUCAAUAUUGGACGGACGAGAGGCUGGCUUUCUCACAGGAAAAAGAAAUUCUCACGCUCAGCGGGGAUUUCGCCGAAAAAAUCUGGGUGCCGGACACUUUUUUCGCCAACGACAAGCACAGCUUCCUGCACGACGUGACGGAGCGCAACAAGCUCGUGCGGCUGGCGAGCGACGGCCUGGUGACGUACGGCAUGAGGUUCACCACGACCCUCGCCUGCAUGAUGGACCUGCACUACUAUCCCCUCGACUCCCAGAACUGCACCGUCGAGAUCGAGAGCUACGGUUACACGGUGCUGGACGUCGUGAUGGCAUGGAAGGAGACCCCGGUGCGAGGCGUCGACGAGGCCGAGUUGCCCCAGUUCACGAUAAUCGGGUACGAGACGAACGACCGCAAGGAGAAACUGGCCACGGGCAUCUAUCAGCGGCUCUCGCUGAGCUUCAAGCUCCAGCGCAACAUCGGCUACUUUGUCUUCCAGACCUACCUCCCCAGCAUUCUCAUCGUCAUGCUCAGCUGGGUCAGCUUCUGGAUCAAUCACGAGGCCACCAGCGCUCGCGUCGCCCUCGGAAUAACGACGGUGCUGACAAUGACGACGAUAUCAACGGGGGUGAGGAGCUCGUUGCCGCGCAUCAGCUACGUCAAGGCCAUCGACAUCUACUUGGUCAUGUGUUUCGUCUUUGUGUUCGCGGCGCUGCUCGAGUACGCGGCCGUUAAUUACACCUACUGGGGCGCCCGGGCCAAGAAAAAGAGCAAGCAGAAAGAGACCGAGGAGAAAAAGACCAUCUGCUCCUCAAAGACCGGAAGCAAGGCAAACUCCCCGUUUCCCGGUACAACGGACGCGGACAUAAUCGAGCUGCAGGACCUGCGGCUCUCGCCACUGCCAAGCAUCAGGAACCGCUCGGGCCUGAGCAGCGUCGCGGGAACACCAGGUGGCCCGACCAGGGACCCCCUGCUCCAACACCAGCAGCCGCACCACCACCACCAACACCACGACCCGGCCAAGUUUCCCCCUAGCUUCCGGAUCGCCCGAGCACCUGGUUACAGCGUACACGCCAAGAGCCCCGGGUUGAGGUACAGGGGCGCGAGGCAGCCCAAACCCAAGGUACUGCACGCGAUAAAACGCGGCGCCUCGGUGCUCAAGGCCUCGAUGCCGAAGAUCAAGGACGUCAAUCUAAUCGACAAAUACUCGCGCAUCAUAUUCCCGGUGAGUUUCACGUUGUUCAACGCCGUCUACUGGAUCUUCUACGUCCUGUGAGGGAAAAACCGCAGAGGCGUGGCAACCAAGUGUGCCCCGAAAUGCUUAUCAUGACUCUCUUGCAUCGUAUACUUGCACCUUGUAUCGUGAAAAUGAAACGCACAUUUACACGACGAUAAGAUAUGAAAAGUGAACUUGAAAAAAAAAAAAAAAAAUGGUGUGGUCUGUGUUUGUGAGGGUAUACUAAAUAGUAUAUACAUUCAUGUAGGUUUGCGAAAAGUGCAGGCUUCUAUUAAGUUAGAAAAAGAAAAAAUAAAGUUGAACGAACGCUGAGACAAGCGCUAAUCGGCCGAUCGAUCAUUUUCCAGUGAAGCAAUAGAAAUAAGUGAUGGGGUUUGAUUAACAAUAAUAACAGUAAUAUUAUGAUAAUAAUGGUGGAGGACAAAGAGGGGUAAGUAUCAUAAUCGUAUUGCGAUUGCUGAUGGUUUUUCGCGAUUUGUUGGGUACAAUAUGCGGUACAAUGUAUGUUGUGUUUUAUUUGAAAACUCUUUAAUAAAAUACGAUUUUUAGUUUUAUAGAAAACAAUUAGUAUUAAAUGUAGCAUUGAAAAUGUCUAUAGGUAUUCAAAAUGUUUGGAAAAAUCAUCAAAGAUUUGAUUACAAGAGCGAGUUGACCAAAAAACUUUAGUUAUAGAAAUAAUUUGUGUUUAAAAAAAAAAAAAUUUUGUUGAGACACGUUUUACUUCUUUUGAUAAUUCGAAAAAUUUUUUUUCCCUCAAGAUGAAAAAAAAAAUGAUAGAAAUACUAAAAAAAUACUGGAUACACACUCUGAGUUUUUUUUUUGUGAAACUGCUUACAUAUAUAGACAUGAUGGACGAAAAUUGAAAAACUUAAAUAUAUUGGGAACACGUAAAUAAAUGUAUUUCAGGGGGCCAGUUCUAUAUACGUUGUGUCUAUAAGUGUCACGCAAACUGUUCAAAAUUGUAAAGAGAAAAUUAAAAGGCCCUAUACGUUUGAUAUGCACUGAACGAUGUUUAGAAAGAAAGCAUUUCUGAGAAAUAAAAUGCACCAAUGGAUCUAAAGCCAUUUUUGAACCGUAUGAAAAACCCACGAUGACACUAGCCGAUACAAUCGAAAGUACUCAAUUAUUAAUUAUUAAUAUAUUACUGAUAUAAUAGUGGAACUGGUCUAUGACGUUACAUGUGCUAUGAUAGCAGGGUACAAUUUAUUAUUAUUAUUAUUAUUGUUAUUAUUAUUAUUAUUAUUAUUAUUACUAUUAUUAUUCAAAAUUCUGUUGUCACUUGGGAAAAUUUGCCAGACUAAAAAAAAUGACCCUACAUUCAGAUAAACGAGAAAUCAACGAACAAUGUUAGUUCCGAAUUUUUCAUUAACACGUGAUAUGCCUCGUUGAUAAAAAUAUUAAACAAGCAUCCGCUUAUCUCCUCGAACGUAAUCCAAAUUCUUUUUUUGUAUGCAUAAAAUGAUGGAUUCUGCUAUCACCGUGUAUUUCUGGUCCAGUUUCAAUUUAAAAAGCUGCCAUAAAAAAAUAAAAAUUAUCGCAUUGUUAGCGAAUAUCGACGUCGUCUUGUUAAGAAAAAAGGUAUAAAAAAAAAAAAAAAAAUGUAACUAUAAAAAAAACGUAGCUAAUAUUAUAAUGAUGGGUGUUUGAGACAUAAAAAAAAAAAAUAGCAACUCAUAGGAUAAUGAUAUAUCUGUAAUAUGGUAAAAACUUCAUCAUAUACCAUAGUGCUUUUGAUCGAAUGUCACAGGAAUUUUUGUUGAUACAAUGAUGUAAUUGUUAAUAACAUUACAAAUAGAUAAAGAUCUUUAAUAAUAAAAGAUACACACUGCAUAAAUUACUGUAGUAUAAUUUGGUUAUAAUAAUAUAGUUUUGUUGGUGCUCACGUAAUAAUGCGGAAGCUUAUAUUUUUUUACUAGGCAAAAAAGGUUUAUUUUUUAUUCGUGCAACGUUUAGCCAAACAAAUAGAUCUGUUGAAUAUUAAUAUGUUACAGUUUAUUCACAAACCUCAGAAAAUAUGAAAAAUAAUAGAUGUACACAAUUUACAGAGUUUUUUAUAUAAAUAUUGAAAUAUUUGUACAUCCUUCGAAAGGAAUCAUAAUAUGAUAUGUAUAUUGUACAAAAUACGGUUAACCAUGUUAAAACUUGUGUUGAAGAUUUUAUGUAUCAUCGAGCCAUCGCAAUCAUCGCUAGACGAGUCCUUUGUAUUAAAUUAACAAAUAAUUGUAAAAAUAAUUUUAAAAAAUACACAGUUAAGAAUUAGAGAGUUUACAGAGUUAAAUUUAUAAUUAAUUUUAUUUCCACACAACAUUCAUCUCUAUAAUUGUAGGAUUAGAAAAAAAGAUGAUAAUAAUAUACUUAGUUUAAAAUAAGAUGCAAGCCAAGCUACAACCAUAUUACAUGCAAAAAACGUAACUUUAAAAAAAAAAGUUAUACAAACAAAAUUUAUCGUAGUUACAAUGUAUGUACGAUUCAAUUAGCAUAUCUAUAUCGAAUGUUACGUGAGAAUUAUACAUAUUAAUAAAAAAUAAUAAAUAAAUAAAUAUAAAUGAAGAGGAUUGUUUGGUGAUUGGUGACAAAAAAAAAAACGUACGACAAUAUGUUCCUAAUCAAGCCUGAAUAUACCAUGUUGAUCGUACAACACGUGAAAAUAUGGCACCAGCAGAGAUUGCACUCACAGGCAUGAUAUUUGUUUUGCGAUUUGUUAGCAUACAUGGGGCCAAUGACUAUCGAAGGAGGGCGAGGGAAGGGGGGGGGCAACAACUUGUGCACGCGAUACGUAUACGAUAAAAUUCUUACAUAUUAUGUCUGGCGCACGCGGCACAAGUUUACGAGCUGGUUUACCUCGAUACAGAAGCUGCCGUGAAAUCAAAGUAGCUAUAAAAUGAAUCAUCAACAUUUUUAUGAUUACUCGUGGUACAUG